GCAAAUCCAAAAUGGCGGCGGAGAUGUAUGGAUUCUUCACAAAAUUGUAGUAAUUUGUGGGAAAAUAGCAAUUGUCUGUAUUCAUCAUCUUGUAAAUAUAAUAAUUUAAUAGUAUAAUGAAGAGCUUGGCGUUAUUAAGAAGGCAUUACCGGCCCUUGCACUGUGUAUUUUUAACGAGAAAUUCGUACUACCAUGAUCUCUCCAAAGCCGGUGUUAUCCAAAGCAAAGUAGAUACCGCAUCAGAAGAUUUCAGGAGCAAUAAACACAGCAUGGAUUCUCUAGUCCAGGACCUACGCCAAAAAGUGGCAAAGAUCAAAUUGGGUGGAACAGAGAAGGCUAGAGAAAGACAUACACAAAGGAAUAAAAUGCUCCCAAGAGAGCGUAUAGCAAAUUUACUCGAUCCUGGAUCACCUUUCCUAGAGUUGUCACAGCUAGCCGGUUAUGAGCUCUAUGGGGAAGAAGAGGUACCAGCCGGCGGCAUAAUCACCGGGAUUGGACGGGUCAGUGGUGUGGAAUGUAUGAUAGUCACCAAUGACCCCACUGUUAAGGGUGGGACAUAUUACCCAAUCACCGUCAAGAAACAUCUUAGAGCACAAGAGAUAGCACAAGAGAACAGACUUCCAUGCAUUUACCUUGUUGAUUCUGGAGGUGCAAAUCUACCAAGACAAGCUGAUGUAUUUCCAGACAAGCUCCAUUUUGGGAGAAUAUUCUUUAAUCAGGCCAACAUGUCAUCUAGAGGCAUUGCUCAGAUUGCCGUGGUGCUGGGGUCCUGUACGGCGGGUGGAGCCUAUGUGCCCGCAAUGGCUGAUGAGAGCAUCAUAGUCAAGCAGCAAGGCACUAUAUUCCUAGGUGGCCCCCCACUGGUAAAGGCAGCAACUGGUGAGAUUGUGAGUGCUGAGGAUUUGGGAGGAGCAGACUUACACUGCAGGACAUCUGGUGUAACUGACUACUACGCACAGAACGACCUUCACGCUCUCUAUGCUGCAAGGGACUGUGUAAGGAACCUCAACUACAAGAAAGAUGUGUCUGUGACCAUUGAGAAACCUGUGGACCCAGUAUACCCCUCAGAUGACAUCUACGGGAUUGUGGGGGACAACCUUAAGAAGUCGUAUGACAUCAGAGAGGUCAUUGCACGAGUAGUUGAUGGUAGCAAAUUUGAUGAGUUCAAGGCAAUGUAUGGGGAAACUCUUGUCACAGGUUUUGCACGUAUCCAUGGUUACCCUUGUGGAAUCAUUGCUAACAAUGGCGUGCUGUUCUCCGAGGCCGCCUUGAAGGGGACACACUUUAUUGAGCUUUGCUGCAAAAGAAAAAUCCCUCUCAUAUUCCUACAGAAUAUCACAGGUUUCAUGGUAGGCAAGGAAUACGAAGCAGGUGGAAUAGCCAAAAACGGUGCCAAGAUGGUCACAGCUGUCUCUUGUGCUAAAGUUCCCAAGAUCACUGUCAUCGUCGGCGGGAGUUUUGGUGCAGGGAACUAUGGGAUGUGUGGGCGAGCCUAUAGCCCAAGGUUCAUGUACAUGUGGCCAAAUGCACGGAUAUCAGUGAUGGGAGGGGAGCAGGCUGCAACCGUGCUAGCGACCGUAGCACGUGACCAGAGAGAACGGGAAGGCAAAGAGUUCACCCAGAAAGAUGAAGAUGCAAUCAAGAUCCCAGUUAUGGAGAGAUAUGAGCACGAAGGGCAUCCUUACUUUGCUUCUGCAAGGUUAUGGGACGACGGUGUGAUUGAUCCAGCCGACACCCGGACAGUCCUGGGACUAAGUCUAAGUGCCUCCUUUAAUGCACCAAUUCCUGACACAAACUUUGGCGUGUUCCGCAUGUGAGGGCUGUACUGUAGGAUCACCAAGAGACAAUCUUGAACGCUCUGGAUAUCUGUACUUGAUAGAAUGUACUUCUUAGACUUGUAGAAUAGGUAAACAAUUAUUUCCAUGGAAACCUUGUUGACUAAAAUAUUCAUUGCCAUGGCAACAACAGUUGCAUAGGGGGAAUUUUGCUGAAUGGAGGUGGGGUGCGUGUAGGCAUCAAUUCCGUCAUCCCUAGCUUUCCAAUAACGAUAAAUGUCGGGGAUUUGGCUAGAUUCUUCAAUAAGAGAAGACUUUUUUGAUGGCUGAGGGAAGUGUACACCACACACGUGCUAAUCACUAGCUAGUCACCUGGCCAAGAAACUAGAAAUGUGACCACAAGCCAUGACAUCUUUGCAUUUGGUUAAGACCCCCAGGGGCGUAUCCAGGAUUUCUGGCACCAAUACAUAAAACUGUGGUGCGGGUGUUUCUCCUGCCCUCUGGAUACACGAUUAUGUACUGUAAGUAAACUACGAGCUAUUGUGUAAUAAAGUAGGGGAGAAGG